AGCCCUCGCGCCGGCGGUUGAUUCCUGUCUCUGCUGAGCCCGAGUGAAAGGAGGGGCACGGUCGCCCUCGCCGCCUCGGCGUGUGCGCCGGCGUCCUUCCCUCAGUGUGCAGCCCGGGCUUCAGCGCGCGCGGGGCUCCGGCAGGCGCAGUGCAGCGCUUCGAAUUGCUCCUGGAACAUGCCAGAUUAGCUCACGUUUGAAAGGAGGGGUCAUGCCGAUAUGCUCGGAAAGGACAAAGCCUACUGGAGACAAUGUUUCUAUGAGUCAAAGGAGAAGGGACAAUAGGGAGAAUGACAGCCCUCAACUGGAAGCCUUUCGUCUAUGGAGGGCUGGCCUCCAUCACCGCUGAGUGUGGUACAUUUCCAAUUGACUUAACCAAGACACGGCUCCAGAUUCAAGGCCAGACGAAUGAUGCAAACUUUAAGGAAAUUAGAUAUAGGGGAAUGUUACAUGCUUUAGUGAGGAUUGCUAGAGAAGAAGGGUUGAAGGCACUGUAUUCAGGCAUUGCACCUGCGAUGUUACGCCAGGCUUCCUAUGGCACCAUCAAGAUAGGUACUUACCAGAGCUUGAAGAGAUUAUUUGUUGAACGCCUAGAAGAUGAGACCCUACUGGUAAAUGUGGUAUGUGGAAUUCUCUCUGGAGUCAUAGCCUCAGCCAUUGCUAAUCCAACUGAUGUUUUGAAAAUUCGGAUGCAAGCACAAAGCAACACCAUACAAGGAGGAAUGAUAGGCAACUUCAUUAACAUUUACCAGCAAGAGGGAACAAGAGGACUGUGGAAGGGUGUGUCCCUUACUGCUCAGAGGGCUGCCAUUGUUGUUGGCGUGGAGCUGCCAGUAUAUGACCUCACCAAGAAGCAUCUGAUUCUCUCAGGCUUGAUGGGAGAUACUGUAUAUACCCACUUCCUUUCAAGCUUCACCUGCGGUUUGGCUGGGGCCCUGGCCUCGAAUCCUGUUGAUGUUGUGAGAACACGGAUGAUGAAUCAGAGAGUUGUUCGAGAUGGCAAAUGCUCUGGAUACACAGGUACCCUGGACUGCUUAUUACAGACGUGGAAGAAUGAAGGGUUUUUUGCUCUAUAUAAAGGGUUUUGGCCAAAUUGGUUGAGACUUGGUCCUUGGAAUAUCAUUUUCUUUGUAACAUACGAGCAGCUGAAGAAACUGGAUUUGUGACAAUUCAAAGCAUCAGAUAUCCCUCUGAAAAUCCCAACUUCCCAAAAGAUUAAAGCUUCCUUGUUUCACACUGCUUCUCACUGCUUGGCUUGUCAGCAGAUUCUGAGGUGUGAACAACAGAUGAGAUUGGGUUAAUUCAGAUUGCUGUGUAUUAGCAUCGUGUGGGCUGUAUCAUUCAGUGGUAUGAAUUGUAACAUCCAAACACUAGCCCUUACCAAUUAAAGUGUCCUUUGACAUCAAAGAUAACAUAAAAUGCAUGCUUCUUCCUAAGGAAAACUUGCAAAAAAGAUCAGGAACUGUGUACUGUUUCCUUCAGGGGAGAGGAGAUCCUGAUGCACCUCAGCUGUAAGCUGAGAAUCCUGGACUGCUCUAAAGAAGCUCAUCAGAAUGGUGGCAUGGAGCCUCUAAGGAGAUAUUAUUGUUCCUGAACUUCUGGGGCCUUUGCUUCUUGUCACCUGAAGAGAUCUCACCUAUGGGUUGGUGGCCUUUUCAAACCCUGAUAUAUGUAAACAGUGCAGAAAUCGAUCCCUGGAAUAUUGCACUAUGUAAUUUCCUAUUUAGGCAGUGUCUUUCACUUAUAAUAAGUGAUCUUAAGCCUUUGAAGACUUGACCUUUGUGAGGAAUUGUUACAAAAUAUUAGUAUCUAAACUCUGAUGGUAUGUGACAUGUUGGCUUUGAAGGUGGCAAGGUUUUUGGGGUGGGAGAUGUUUCCAGGCAGUUUGGAUUUAGUCUUAGGUACUGUUGGUAAUUUGCUCUAUGAUUUCAAGAAAAAUUUAUUACUUUUCAAUCUGUCAAAUGAGGCUCAGAAUGUCUGAUGUUGAGGGUCAGUGAAGAAAAGAGUAGCUGCUGCUGCUUGACUUUGUAGGGUGAGUGUGUUUAUAUCUUGCUGUCAUACAGCCAUAAUUCCGGAAUGAAUAAUCUGUAUAGAGAGUCAUUGCGCACCCUAGGCUUCUUGCUGUAAUCCCGAGUGAAGCUCUUAGUUUAAGGCUUUCUGAAAGAAAGAACACUGUAAGUUAAAGCUUUAUUUCAUUUUUAUUAGCAAAAUGUUGGCAAGUGAUUCAAGCAGUUGAUUUUUCCUGAUUUCCCAGGUUUAGUUUGGUCCACAUUUGUUAAAAUAUUUCCUGUCUUGGAAUGCCUAACUAGUUUGGAUGGAACAUACUUGCUUGAAAUUUUAAAACUGUUUCUUUAGUAUGCCUGUUUAUCUAGCAUCUGAUAAGAGCUAUGGAAUACCUUCUUUUCUUUUAAUGACAGGAUAUUUUCUCUCUUCCUUCUUGUCUUCAUCUUACUCUUUUAAAAAUAUAAAAGAACUGAGAGCCCCAAGAACUUACAGUUCUAUAAGGCAGCCCUCUUAAGGCAAUGGUUUACUUGGGUUCCUUUCAUUCUACCUUUUGAGAACAACAUUAAAUGCAUAUUAACUGGUGCUACAGGGCAGAUACUUCUGCAGUAUAAACAGGCAAGUUUUCCAUUCACCCCCAUGAAGCGGAAUGAAAGGAGCCCAGGUUUUUCUUGGGGAUUAGGUAGUCUUCCUUCAGAUCACUUUCAUUGCCCCUUCUUUCUCAGUGUUUGCUUUGAAGAGGACUUUCUGAAGCCAAAUUUUAUUUCCAAAAGUAAAAGCUAAGACAAAGUCAUUAAAAAGAGAAGUGAAGAGAGAAAGGGUGUGGAGUGGCAUGUAGAUGCUACUAGCUUCAAGGCUAAGAUGAAAGUCCCGAUCUCCCUGACCCACACUAAAGGUGAUGCUGAGUGCUAAGCUCAGUCAGACCUCAUUCCUGGGAUGAGCCAUAUUUUUAGAGAGAUUUUCUUUUUUCCUUGUUGCCAAACAUUCCAUUGAUGUGAUAAGGGCUUUUUCUGUUAUUGAAAGGCUUUCACUCUUGAUUUCCUUGCAUUUAAAAGAUUACUUAACCUUUUUUUAAAUAUAGAAAACAUUUUAUUUUUAAAGUACACAUAUGAUUUCUAAAACAGAAAAGCAAGCUAAUUUCAAGAAGACCAUGAAAGGGUGAAUAGUCAUCAUAUCAGUUUAUUCAGAUUAUGUACAUUUUUGUACUAGGAGAAAAAGAAGUUCAAACCUCAUCAUAAAACAUAGUCCAUAAUUACCACAGAAAUAAAAGUUUUUCUUCAGUGUAGAUUCACUAAACACUAUAGAACAAGAUCUUAACCUGUUCUUUUCUGCUUCCUGAAAGAGUUUUAACACAAUUACUGAGAUUUCUAACCAAGAAAUAACUUUAAGACGGGAAAACCCAAUCCAUUGUUUUCAGGUUCUGCAAAAUCCACAACCGCUUGGAUUUUGCUUGAAUGUCAUAAAGGGUUUUUUACCUUUUAUAACCACCAUGAAGGAAAUAGGUUCUUUUUGUUUGCUUGUGGAUUUGUGUAAUCAUCGAUGCUAAAUGUUGUUGGUCUGUGAUAGAAAAAAAAUGACUCUCUUGUAUUUAUUCAUGUGCUAGAAAUAGUAUCUAUUAUAUAAAAAUGAGGAACUUCCCAAAAACCUUUAUAUUUAAACAUUGUUGGAAUAUGUGGCAUAAACCUUGGUUCUUUAUUUAAUAAA